CGGGAUAACCCACGCUUUCACAAAAUUCACAACCGACUAUCCUGUAUGUGGAAGGGAAUCCCCACAAAUCUCCACCGCGCAUCUCGAUCACCCACGUCGUCAUUCCCCUGGUUGAACCCCCUACUAGUCGGUUGUGAAUUCUGUGAGUGGAUACGGUAACACUUACCCACUCUUUCACGAGGGAGGAUAAACCACAAUGCCAGACUCGGAGCCUCUCUGCGCCAGUUUAUGUGCUGAUUCUCAUCGUUCUCGCCCCGCCCCAAAGGCGUGGCCGGGGUGGGCCUCGUUGGAGAGAGUCAAACUAAAGAAAUGUCCUAGCUGCGCAGUCCUGGCCGAAAUUGUGCGUGUCUAUUCGCCGAGGUUCGAGCAUGGGAACGGCAUUGUCAGAGGAAUAAGCCUUAGGAGCCGCAGCGACACCGGCACUGAGCUCCCACACGGUGCCUUGGCAGUGUUGUUUGAGAUCUAUCUCAAGAUUGGCCUCUCUGGCCACUGCGUGGUAAUCACAGCCAUUAAAGGCAAGGAAAACCCUUGGGGACUACGAGUUCCCUCGGACUCGGCGGGACUGGAUAGCAUGUGUUUUGGUGGCAGCACAUGGUCCCCCCAGGCACUUGCUUUAGCGUCGACCUGGGUGCGCGAUUGUCUCGCAGGGCACCAAGCUUGCACCAAGGCCGGCGCAACCAACGACCCUCUACUACCGUCCAGGGUCAUCAGCAUCGGUGGCGGAGACCCAGGAGCGGUCACACUAUGUGAGCCUGUGGACAACACGCGAGCCCGCUACAUGUGCCUCAGCUACUGCUGGGGGGGUGCCGAUUUCAUCCAGACAACUACGGCAAAUAUCCAGUCACACUUAUUAGACGGCAUCUCGCUUGAAAGGCUGCCAGCCGUGUUCCGAGAUUUCAUCCAAGUAGCCAGGGCUUUCCAAGUCAUGUAUGUUUGGAUCGACUCACUAUGCAUCAUCCAAGACAGCACCGAAGAUUGGCAGCGCGAGGCAGGAAGAAUGGCGGCCGUUUAUCAGAACUCUUUCCUCACUGUUGCAGCCGCUAGAGCCGUGAACCCCCACGUCAGACUCUUCGCCCGCCGAGAGGUGUCUGUGGUCGACUGUGUCCAAUGCCACAGUGUCGACCAUCUUCUUUCUAGGGAGCCCUCCCAUUCUGCCUCGUUCCCCCUGUCUUCUCGUGGCUGGGCUUACCAAGAGCAAAUACUCUCGCCUCGGGUUCUCUCCUUCGGGCCGGAUGAGAUUUUUUGGCACUGCCAAACCACGCACAAUUGCGAAUGCGGCCAGUACCGCGGUAUUCCACAGACGUUCAGGGACAAGACCAGAGCUUCCUGGGGCGGACGGGAUGGCAUGGACCACCUGAUGAUGUGGCACCAGGCGGUCGAGCAGUACACGAAGCUCAGCCUGACCAACUGGACGGACCGGCUCCCAGCCAUCUCCGGGAUUGCCGAUUACCACAUGGCCGAAUCACGCAUGGGGGGUGCAACGUAUCUCGCAGGGCUAUGGUCCGACUCUCUGCUGUAUGAUCUGCUAUGGCGCCAGGCUCCCCUGGGGCCUCGAGCGCCAAUGACUGGAACCCCAAGGCCAUGGACGGCACCAUCGUGGUCGUGGGCCUCGCGAGACAGGCCGGUGCUCUACGACAUGCCGUACCUUACUGCCGAACACAAAGUUCAGACAUUCUGCGAGGUUAUAGCUGCCGAAUGUGUCCUGGCCGGCGAGUCAAAGACGGGCCAAAUCAGAUCCGGCUAUCUGAAGCUACGAUGUCCGAUGAUGGAAGUGAGGCGGAAAAAAACCGUCAGAGGUGACAGCGAUAGGCCCACGCUUGAAGUUGCGGUUAAAGACGUCGAGGGCAAGGGUAAUAAGUAUGCAACUUUUGGCAGCCCCACCUUCUUUGACGAGCUUGGGGACAACAGGUCUCUUCCUAGUAGCGACCUUUAUCUCAUGAGAGUGGUCCUGUGUGGCACCAAGAAUCAUCUUCUUAUUUUGGAGAAGGCGGGACGACCCGGCAGUGACGCGCACACAUUCACUCGGAUCGGGCUUGCUUGGUAUACCGAACGGCCGGAAAUGUCUUUGAACUGGCCCGACAAGCUGACGGAGAUCACCAUGAUUUAAACUCGUCGGUGAGUUCCUCAAAUCCUGGACCACCUUGGCCCUUCGCCUCCACCCCAACAACGACAACCUGCCUGCCCCUUCCCCACCGUUUUCUCAGCGGCAGCAACAACCCCCACCCAACCCACCGCUCCCUUCACCGGCCUCC